UGUAUUUUAUCAUAUAAAUCAAAGUGAGAAAACCAAACCAAAACCAAAACCACAAAGAGCUCUCACAUGGGGAAGAAAACGAAGCUCCCUUUCUUCUCCAAGAACACCAAUGGCGGAAAAACAAAACCUUCAUCGUGGCCAUGGCCAUCGUGUCACCAACCCAGAACUCACUCUUUCCGAACAGACGAAACGCCCGAGUCGUGGUUCUCGAACUCCUCGGAGUCUCCAAGCUUCUCGACCGCCUCCGACGAGUCCGCCACCGGGGCGGUCGUAGAAUCGGUCGAGACCGUAAUCCAAGGGUUAAGAUUAAGAUCGGAGAGGCUGUUCUUCGAGCCGAGUGAAGCCAAGUUAGGGACCGAUGUCACCGAGUCAGCACCUUUCAAGGAGACGACGAUUCUGUCAAUGGAGUCUUUGAAUCCACUCGUCGAUUUCAGGGAAUCCAUGGAAGAAAUGGUGGAAGCUCACGGGUUAAAAGACAGGGAAAGCCUUGAAGAACUCUUGGGGUGGUACUUGAAAGCUAAUGGUAAAAGCAGCCAUGGAUAUAUCCUCGGAGCUUUCGUUGGUUUGCUUUUGAAAAAGGUUACCGUUUCAACGUCAAGUCCUUGUUCGCCAUUGUCGUUUUACACUUCUUCUUCAUCUUCUUUAUCUGAAGAUACUCCGACUUCUGAAACUCCAUGUGAGUCUUCAUUAAAAUCUGAUGAUGAUGAUAAUAAAACCCUUUGUUUAUCUUCAUUAUCAGAAGAGGAGAUCAUUAAAGAUAAUGGUGUUUCUUCUUGUUCAAGCUAGAUUUUUUUUUAUUCUGUGUAUACCACUAAUUUUCAGAAAUGAAUAUAGUGCACUUUAUUUA